AUGAGAUAUCGACCGAGACGCAUCAAGCACUCGUCGUUUCAGAGUCGGGUCCCCUCGCGGCUACUUUUUCUCUCUCAGGUUUUCCUGAAGUACUCGAAGGAGUAUCCGCCAAUUGUGGAGAGGAUCCAGUCCCUGUUGCAGCCAGGCCCGUUGCGGCUGGACACGCCGGCACAUGGCCGGAAGUCCAUUCUCGACAUCGGCGCGGGGGAUGGACAGCUGCUGCGGCUCCUCGAUGAGGUGAGCCCCCUUCGCCAGUCUGUUGGGCACUACAGCUCCUAUGAGACCGACGGCGACGCAGCUUCGCGCCUUCAGAAAGCAGUUGCAGAGCUCAAUCUGCAGGACGCCACAGUCAACUGCACUGCUUUCUCUACCGGAACCGCCGUGGAGAGAAAGUACGACCUGAUUCUCUGGUGCCACAGCCUCUACGGCUUGGACCGGAAAGUUCCCACGCUUCUCCACUCCCUGAUGUCUUUAGCGCCUGGGGGUUGCUGCGCCGUCGUCCUGCGACGCGAGAAGCUGGAGCCUCUUCUUCAAGAGCUUCGGCGAUGCGGUGUGGACGCCACUGAACUGAAUGCUGGUGGGAGGCGUCCAUCGCUUUGCCGGACGCCUUGA